GUUUACAGUUAGGUUCUAGCGUCCGAUACCGGAGAGAAUUACCAUUAAAUUAAAGCAAAAAAAAAAAGAAACGACAUUUCUGCGUCUUAAAUCGGACCGCAAUUCGGUUAAAAAAAGAUCAAGAAACGCUUGAAUCUUGUGGAUUAUUAUUGGAUUUCUAUUUGGAUUUUACUGUUUCUCUCUGCUGUUUUCAUUCAACAGGUAAAAACCAGUUUCACCAUGAAGUUGACAGGAAUAUUUCUGCUAUUGAUGCUUUGGACCUGCGAGAGCGUACGAGUUGCAGAGAGCCGAGACGACAAUAGCGUGUACGACCUGUUCGAGCUGGUCCAAAUCCCCAAGAAGAACCACGGAGUGACCCUAGUGAAGGGCGACGACCCAUACAGUCCCGCCUACAAGAUCCUCAACCCGGACCUGAUCCCCGAGCUCCCCGAGAGCUCCUUCAGGGACCUCAUCGAUUCCAUCCACGCCGAGAGGGGAUUCCUUCUCCUCCUCAACUUCAAGCAGUUCAAGCGGACCAGGGGCUCCCUUCUGACGGUGGAAAAGCGUGACGGAUCCGGAGCCGUGUUCGAGAUAGUCUCCAACGGGAAAGCGAACACCCUGGAUGUGGUUUUCUCUACAGUGAAUAAGCAACAGGUGGUGUCGAUAGAAGAUGUGGACUUGGCAACAGGCCACUGGAAGAAUAUUACGCUGUUUGUGCAGGAGGACCGGGCGCAGCUGUAUGUUGGCUGUGAGGAGGUGAACACGGCGGAACUGGACGCUCCCAUCCAGAGCAUCCUCACUCAGGAGACUCCCAUCACAGCGCGUCUCAGAAUCGGGAAGGGAGCGGUGAAGGACCGGUUCAUGGGGGUGCUCCAAAACGUUCGCUUUGUCUUUGGAACCAGUUUAGAAGCGAUACUGCGCAACAAAGGAUGCCAAAACUCUGUUCUGACUGAUAGAAUCCUCAUUAUGGACAACCCCAUCAAUGGGUCCAGCCCUGCCAUUAGGACGGACUACACUGGCCACAAAACUAAAGACCUGCAGAUGAUCUGUGGGUUCUCCUGUGAGGACCUGGCUGGCAUGUUCAAGGAGCUGAAGGGGUUGGGAGUGGUGGUGAAGGAGCUGUCCAAUGAGCUGCGCAAAGUGACGGAUGAGAACAAGCUGUUGAUGAACAGAGUGGGGAUCCACAGUGGAGUCUGUCUACACAACGGCAUCGUCCACAAGAACAAGGCCGAGUGGACCGUCGACGACUGCACCGAGUGCACUUGUCAGAACUCUGCCACAGUAUGCCGCAAGAUCUCCUGCCCGCUGAUCCCCUGUGCCAACGCCACCGUGUCCGAUGGAGAGUGUUGCCCGCGCUGUGGAACACUGAGUGACUAUGCGGAGGACGGCUGGUCCCUCUGGUCUGAAUGGACACACUGUUCCGUGUCUUGUGGGCGGGGCAUCCAGCAGAGAGGCCGUUCCUGCGAUCGCAUUAACAACAACUGCGAAGGAACCUCCGUCCAAACCAGGGACUGCUACCUUCAGGAGUGUGACAAACGCUUCAAGCAGGACGGUGCCUGGAGCCACUGGUCCCCCUGGUCUUCCUGCUCGGUCACCUGUGGGGCGGGUGACAUCACCCGUAUCCGUCUCUGCAACUCCCCCACACCCCAGCUGGGAGGCAAGGACUGCCAAGGAGAGGGGAGACAGACUGAGAAGUGCACCAAGUCACCCUGCCCCAUCAACGGUAACUGGGGACCCUGGUCGCUAUGGGAUACCUGCUCUUCCACCUGUGGAGGAGGAGCCCAGACACGUAAACGUCUCUGCAAUGACCCCGCCCCCAAAUAUGGUGGUAAGGAGUGCCAGGGCGACUCCAAGGCCAGUCAGCUGUGCAACAAGAACGCCUGUCCCGUCGAUGGUUGUCUGUCUAACCCCUGCUUUCCUGGGGCCAAGUGCACCAGCUUUCCCGAUGGAACAUGGAGUUGUGGGAAAUGUCCCACUGGUUACUCUGGUGACGGCAUCAAGUGCAAGGACAUUGACGAGUGUAAAGAGGUUCCUGACGCUUGCUUCGUGUUCAACGGAGUGCACCACUGUGAGAACACUGACCCUGGCUACAACUGUCUGCCCUGUCCCACACGCUACUCUGGACCUCAGCCCUUCGGCAGGGGAGUGGAGGAGGCCGCCGCCAAGAAACAGGUGUGUACACCACGUAACCCCUGCUUGGAUGGGAGCCACGACUGCAACAAGAACGCCCGCUGUAACUACCUGGGACACUUUGCCGACCCCAUGUACCGCUGUGAGUGUAAGCCUGGCUAUGCUGGGAACGGACACAUCUGUGGUGAGGACACGGACCUGGACGGAUGGCCCAACCAAGACCUGGUCUGUGUGGAGAACGCCACCUACCACUGCAAAAAGGACAACUGCCCCAACCUUCCCAACUCAGGCCAAGAAGACUACGACAAGGAUGGUGUUGGUGACGCUUGUGACAACGAUGAUGACAAUGAUGGCACCAGUAGGCAGCAUGCUAAUGUAAAUGUCCAUUUACCUCUACAGGUUGACUCUGAUGACGACCGUGUGGGAGACAAGUGUGACAGCAACCAGGACAUCGAUGAGGACGGCCACCAGAAUAACCUGGACAACUGCCCCUACAUCCCCAACGCUAACCAGGCUGACCAUGACAAAGACGGCAAGGGAGACGCCUGCGACCACGAUGAUGACAACGACGGGAUCCCUGAUGAGAAAGACAACUGCAGACUGGCCUUCAACCCUGACCAGCUCGACUCUGAUGGUGAUGGUCGCGGAGAUGUUUGCAAAGACGACUUUGACCAAGACAAUGUGCCUGAUAUCUACGACGUGUGUCCGGAGAACUUUGACAUCAGCGAGACGGACUUCAGGAAGUUCCAGAUGGUUCCCCUGGACCCCAAGGGAACUUCCCAGAUCGACCCCAACUGGGUGGUCAGACAUCAAGGCAAAGAGCUGGUCCAGACCGUCAACUGUGACCCUGGCAUUGCUGUUGGUUUUGAUGAGUUCAACUCCGUGGACUUCAGUGGUACCUUCUUCAUCAACACAGAGAGAGAUGAUGACUACGCCGGCUUUGUGUUCGGCUACCAGUCCAGCUCUAGGUUCUACGUGGUGAUGUGGAAGCAGAUCACACAGACUUACUGGAGCAACAAACCCACCAAGGCUCAGGGAUACUCAGGACUGUCCAUCAAGGUGGUCAACUCUACUACUGGACCUGGAGAGCACCUCAGGAAUGCUCUCUGGCACACGGGCAACACCCCAGGACAGGUGAGGACUCUGUGGCACGACCCUAAGAAAGUUGGCUGGAAAGACUUCACAGCCUACAGAUGGCACCUGAUCCACAGACCAAGAACAGGACACAUCAGAGUGGUCAUGUACGAGGGGAAGAAGAUCAUGAAGGAUUCUGGGAGCAUAUACGACAAGACGUAUGCAGGCGGAAGACUAGGUCUCUUUGUCUUCUCGCAAGAGAUGGUAUACUUCUCAGACCUCAAGUAUGAAUGCAGAGAUGCAUAAUUGCACGGAGCAGGAAGCUCUUGGAACAAUGCACCUUUCUGUAUAAAUAUGAACAAUAUGUAUUCCAAUACAAAGUCCAGGGACUGUUUUUUUCUACUACUCUUUUCUUCUGUGGCACUCACACUGAAGGGAGCGAGGGUGGAAGGCCUGUUGUGGUCAGCCUCGGGGUAAAUUGUUUCUGGUUUGGACAGAGAACCAUCCGGGUGACUGCCAGUCGAAGAUCAGAGAAGCCACUCCUACCCACCCAGAGCAGGUAGAGCCGGAAAAAAAACAGCCCGUUUGCUUUGCCUGAGUGAGACCGACCGAUGUUCCCAACCGACCGGCCGAUCUCUCUCUGAUCUGAAAGACCUCAUUCAUCCCUGUGCGGGAAAGUCUCCCGAUAGACGACUAUGCACUUCCAAACCUUUACAUCUCUCUCGCUAUCCCUCUUUCUAUCCAUCUCUUUUUUCUUCUGGAAUGGACGUCCCAAAGAAAGACCAUGUAAUGUUCCGUUUAUAUAAAAACAAAUCUAGGCGGAUGUAGGUUCUGAACGAUACAACUCUGAUGAUGAGUUGUUUUUGGCUCAGUGGUUGAAGAAUGCAAUAAGACUUUUUUUACUUUAAGUUUUGUCAGGAAAGGGCUUGUAGCCCUUGAAAGUCAGUUGCGUAACAACAAGAUAUGGAGGAUGGUGUAUGUAUGAUGUAUAUACGAAUGUUUAUGUGUGUAAAUAAGAAGACAUAUAACGCUUGCUUUUACCCCUCUAUAAAUGUUCCCUUGGAAGACAAAAAGAAAACAAACCAAAAUUAAAACGAGCCAAAAUACUUUUUGUCAAAUA